AUGUCGUCACUAAAGCAUCCUAAAACAGAUUCAUGUGAUGUGGGAAAACUUUGGAAGUUGGUGGUUUUAUCGGCCCCUCAUUCGUCAGCCGCGGCAGCAGCGAAAAAGCCCACGUACCCCUUCAAUGAAGUCCAAGUAUGCCCAGACCCUCUCUCCAUUUGGCCGGAGUGUGGGCGUGCUGCUCAAAGACAUGAAUUGCGCACAACCGGUCAAAGGACUAGUUGGUCAUGUCGUAAUAUUGGCGAGUUGCCAUGGUGCCCUGAGACGGGAGUCAGUUUCGCUCUUGCAACCAAUGAUGUAGUUCUGUGGAGUGAACUUCACUUGUUCAUCCCUCCCGUUUGCAGACUUGUGGAAUGCGACUCAGACCCGAUUUCCGAGGGUCGUUUCGCUCGUUUUAUUCGGCCUUUCGCACCGGUACCAGCGGCAUUGCUGAGGACAGUGCACGGCCGAAUUGAGGAUACAUUUAAAAGGUGUGCAAGCCUGAAUUUCGGUGGCAGAAUUGGGAUAAUCUUCUUAAAAAAUGACACACCGUCCUAUCGUCAACCUGUCCUAGCCAAGGCCUUGGUCGGGCUUGAGGGCAUUAGGGUCUCUUUCAUCACACUCAGGCAGACUUGGGACAAAGUGCGAAAACGGGAGCAUGUUGACCAAGCUCCACAUGCCUCGGAUAGGCCAAACAGAUUCACAGGCCUGCUUGCGGGGGGAGAAAAACUGAUUGAUUACCAGCCUGCCUACAGAUUUAUCUGGUUUUCUGUCACCAAUCAUGACAUGGCAAUUAAUCGUCUCCAAACUGUGAGGAAAGAUUCCUGUGAAUUCGGUUCGUCAUGUGUCGGCUGCUGCCGUUUGUAG